GGUCUUGAUAAUAUUGUUUCUUUUCUUUUGUAUUAUGCAUAUGCUAUCAUCCCAUUUUGUAUUCCAUACAUUAUAUCCCAUACAGUAUGUAUGUAUGUACUUAUAAAGCUUUUUGCUGUUUGGAGAUUAAAAAUAAUAGAGAAUGCUAGAAUUAGUUGCAUUAGUGAACGAAAUGUGGUUAAUCAUUAACAACAAGGUGCAGAGUACUGGCCAUAAAGAUUGAAAAUAACAAAAUUACAAAUUCUUCAAAUUAUAAACGUCUUAAAAUGAACUCUAACGCAAUUAUACCCAUCUGCAGCUUGACCACCGGAAUGUAUAGUUCAUCCAUAAAAGCCCGUGUGAUAUGGAAAUCAGAGAUAACGGAAUGGAAUGCAGGCACCAAAAGGGGAAUAGUUUAUAUAAUGCAUUUAUUGGAUGAGUCUGGUGAAAUAACAGGAAUUGCGUUUGAUGACUAUGACAAUAGAUUUUACGGCCAGAUUCAACCAGGCCUGGUAUACCUUAUCUCUGGGUUUGAGGUGGAAAAGGCGAUUAGUUCCUAUAAAGUUUCAGACAACCCUUAUCAAUUAUUUUUUCGUCACAAUACUGUCCUAGAACUCAGUGCUUGUGGCCGGAUUCCCCGAGAAAAGUAUAAUUUCCUGCCGUUGUUAAAGGUUUCUUCUAAAGCAGACAAAGACCCCGUCGACGCAAUUGGAAUCUGCACGGAGGUUGGAAGGCUGGAAGAAAGAGGAGGUUACUUUAUUCGGGAAAUCUUACUUGUGGAUCCUGAUAACCAUCCUGUCAUGUUAAAUCUGUGGCAAAAGGAAGCUGUGAACUUUGUGGGUCAACCUAAUGACGUUAUCGUAGCCAAAGGGGCGCGUGCCCAGCUUCACAAUAAUGAAAUGAAGCUCAACGCCAGCUGGUACACGAAUGUGCAGAUCAAUCCAGAUAUUCCUGACGCCAUUAACCUGUUGGCAUGGUACAAUAACCAAAAAUGAACUCUGCAAUAUUACUGGGACCUACGAUAAAUUGAUAUUCUUAAAUGUUAAGAAGAAUCAAAAAACUUUUAUUACAUUAUGAAAUGUAUCGUUAUCCAUAUAUGAAAUGUUUCCAUAUAAAACAAAGUUUUUGAACAUUUUUAAACAAACGACGUUUAAUUUUCGGGAAAUACUUGUACAAUAACCAAAAAUGAACUCUGCAAUAUUACUGGGACCUACGAUAAAUUGAUAUUCUUAAAUGUUAAGAAGAAUCAAAAAACUUUUAUUACAUUAUGAAAUGUAUCGUUAUCCAUAUAUGAAAUGUUUCCAUAUAAAACAAAGUUUUUGA